GCUGCUGGUUGUCGGUGUGGGACUCUUCAGCCUGGUUAAACAGGAGUGAUGGGAGGUCGCCAUAUUGGCUCCACUGUCUCAGGCCGAAAGGAACAGACAGACCGCUGAUUGGUCCUCAGUUUUCGGCUCUUCAUUCCUGAGCUGCGUGUUUUUAAUGUCCUGCUGAAAGCGCUCCUGGUCCGGAGGACGCUAUCUGAGGACCCGGGCCAGCUGGGUGUGUGUUUAUCCUGGCUAGGCUAAGCUAAGCUAGGCUAGGCUAGGCUAGUGUAAUUUGAAUGGAUCCGAGGGUCGCCUGGAUUCAGCCGGAACAGAAAGGACCUGCUAACGCGUUAUGGAUGCAUGUGUGGGAAACCUCUCAGGGAAUCCGGACUAACUCUCCUCACCAUCACCACGCCGGGUUUUGCGACGUGUGUAAAAGCCAGGGGAAAGCUGUGUGCAGCGAGGCUGGGUGUUCAUCCAGCGCCCACCAUCCUCCUCCUCUUCCUCCGCAGCAGAGCAAUGCGAACAGCACCAGGAUCCGGAGCGCCUUCGCGACAUUAUCGAUUAAUAAUAACAACAACGUGAGCGCCUCGAAUCCUCGCCUGAACCCGGGUGAAAUGGUUCCGAGUGAGCAGGACUCCCGGGCUCAGCCGGACCCGGGUUCGGACACCUCCUACCCGGAUUCCUCUUCCGCCAUCAGGGCUACCGAGACCAACAAAAACCGCUUGUGUUUCACUCUGAGCGAAUUAAACAACGUCAACCAGAACCACCUUCGGAAUCACCACCAUCAUCAUCACCACCACCACCACCACCAUCACCCGCGGUAUUCCCAUCAGGACCAGCAGAACAGCUGCAUGAAGCGCUUCCCGUUCAGCCCGGGCUUCAACAACCACAACAAUCAGCACAGCCACCAGCACCACCCGGGCCGGAGGAAACACGACAACAAAGCCAGCACGUACGGGAUCAAUUACCUUCUCUCCAGCUGGGCGAACGGGAACCGCGCCAGCCCGGUUUCACUGUGGAAAACCCGGCCGUACAGCCCAGGACUGCAGGGGCUUCACGACGAAAUUAUAGACUUCUAUGACUUCAUGUCCCCUCGACCCGAAGAGGCCACCAUGAGGCAAGAGGUAGUCGACCGAAUCGAGUCGGUCAUCAAGGAGCUGUGGCCAAGUGCUGAUGUUCAGAUAUUUGGCAGCUUUAGCACUGGACUCUACCUCCCAACCAGUGACAUUGACUUGGUGGUGUUUGGGAAAUGGGACAGACCUCCUCUGCAGCAGUUGGAGCAGGCCCUCCGGAAAAAUAACGUGGCCGAGCCAUUCUCUAUCAAAGUACUUGACAAAGCUACGGUACCAAUUAUUAAAUUGACCGAUCAGGAAACGGAGGUCAAAGUGGACAUCAGUUUCAAUGUGGAGACUGGAGUCAAAGCUGCUCGCUUCAUCAAAGAUUACGUGAAGAAGUAUACCGUGCUGCCUUAUUUGAUCUUCGUGCUGAAGCAGUUCCUCCUGCAGCGGGACCUGAACGAGGUCUUUACUGGAGGCAUCAGCUCCUACAGCCUCAUCCUGAUGGUCAUCAGCUUCCUGCAGCUCCACCCCCGAAUCGACGCCAGAACUCCCACCACGAACCUUGGCGUUCUGCUCAUCGAGUUCUUCGAGCUGUACGGCCGCCAUUUUAACUACCUGAAAACGGGCAUCAGGAUAAAGAAUGGCGGGGCCUACAUGGCCAAAGAGGACAUCAUGAAGGCCAUGAGCAAUGGCUACAGGCCGUCUAUGCUCUGCAUCGAGGACCCUCUUCUUCCAGGUAACGAUGUGGGCAGGAGUUCGUACGGCGCCAUGCAGGUGAAACACGUGUUCGACUACGCCUACAUCGUCCUCAGCCAUGCAGUGUCACCUCUCGCAAACUCCUACCCCAACAAGGACAGCGACAGCACUUUGGGACGCAUCAUUAAAGUCACCCAGGAAGUGAUCGACUACAGGGAGUGGAUCGUUAACAAGUGGGGCAGCAAACAAACCGAGAGGACUAACGGUCCUGCUCAUAAAGACUCGGUGGAGCAGGCUGACUCGAGCGCUCUGCUCAGCGUUGGAGUGGAGGAGCAGCAGCAACUCCAGAGAGACUCCGUGUCUCCGAACAGCGCGGACUCUCCCAUGUCUCUGUCCAGCCCUCAGCAGCACUCGUCUGCUUCGUCUCUGUCAGGCAGCGACAUUGACUCGGACUGCACGCCGUACGCCGCUCCAGCAGUGCCCUCCUACCCUCUGCAGACACUGACACUAGGCAUGCUGCCCACUGAGCUGCAGAUGGGCACGAGCAAGACCAACCUCUCCAUGCCACUCACAAUGCCCGCUGCCAACCAGGCGAGAGUUUCGAUGCCUGGGAGUCUUCCUCUCCACGUUUUACCUGGCAGACAGGAUUCGAGAUCCAACGUUUCAUCCAAAAUUCGAUCCAUAAUCCCUCACCUCGUGUCGGCCCGGUACCACUAUUGGGUAUUAGUGCCAUCUCUAAUUCCAAAUAAACAGGCUGGUCCCAAGGGCUUCCACACCCCGGCUUUACCACACGGCCACAUGCAGUACAACCGCAACACGUGGCGCCAUAAGAAGAGGGACAGUCUACCAGCCAGCGUCAGCAGAUAAACAUCUCCUCCUCCUCCUUACCGCCACCACCUCCUUCACCUCCCUCCUCCUGUCAUAAAACGAUGAAAACUCGACGAGGCCUCCUGCUGGUGGGGCGCGAGCCGAGAGACCAGCAGUUUCUGCCGCAGCUCCUCGCUCAGUAGCUGCGCUAACGGUGGUGCUACAGUACCUUUACUCUCCCGCUCCAUCCAUGCACGUGUGUGUGUGUGAGUGUGAAUUUCAGAAACUUGACCCCUGAGGACGCCUCAGAUCUGUUUGAUCGACACCAUGACUUCUGCUCACAAGGGAACCGUUUUUGUUUUGUUGCUUUUCUUUUCUUGUGCGUGACUUCCCUGUUCACUUUUUUUUUUUUUUUCCCCCUAAUGAGACACCGUACACAGACACUAUAGAUUCAGCAGCUUAUCAGUAUAAUAAUAACAGGGGUAAGGAAUUUUGUGUAUUUUUUUUUCCUUUCACCAUGCGUGUGCACAAGUGUUUGAGUGGAUGGCACCGGGUGGGUUAUUUGUGCAAUAACAUCUUUUCUCUUUGGUUCACUUUAGAUGAGGACUUAUUUAAUUAUGCAUCCAGAAUUUUUCUUUUUAAAUCACUUUUAUUUUUAUAGAGUUUUUAAUUUCUGUGAGAUUACACACUUGCCCCAUUGACACACACAAAAAAAAAAAAAAAAACAUCUGAAGAUAUGAAGCUUUAUUUGAGUCAUUUAGGAGGUGAUUAAUCAGUCAUCCUGAUUAAUCAGACCCUGACCACUGAGUGGGACGGGGCGCUGCACUCAGAUGAGCCGUGUGUGUGUGUGCGCGCAUGCUGGACAAAGCAGUUUUUAAUAGUCAGUCUCCAGGUGGCACCAUUUUCUUGUUUGUCUCCAGAUCUUCUCGUGUGUGUGAGUGAGCGUGAAUGGAUGUGUAUCCUCAAACAUGAGUCUGUCUUAGCUGUAGCUCUGCUUACAUUAGAGCUAUGCUGCAUGACGGCCAAAGAAGCACUUGGCUUCCAGCACUCGGACCUCCAUGUUAGGCCGUGCAGGUGUGUAUGGGUGUGUGUUUCCCUUUCGGAUUGCUCUAGGUGUAAGUAAUUACGGGAGCCUGAGACGCUGAACUGAACAUGCAGCCGAGAGACGGGCCAAAGUGCCCGUCUUGGACUCCCUGAGCUCUUGGUUGGCACCCAAAUCGAACGAAAAGGGACAAAGGGAACUUUACUCUGAUUCCUUUCUGGAAUCUUUAUGUGCAUUUCCAGGUACUUGUGACAUUUUAUUGCCUUGUCAGGUUUUUUUUUUUUUUUGGGGUCGUCGUUUGUUGUUUUUUGUGUUUUGUUUUAUUCCUGUACUGUAUAAAUAAUAUUCCCUGUCUGUAUAUAGCACACUAAACUGUAUUGCUGUUACUUUAGAGUGUUACAGGCAUACAGGUUAUUGUAACUAUGCAAAUAGAGUUUUUGAAUCCUUCUUCGUUUGACAACCACAUCUCGAAGCCAGAGAGGAAAGACGAGAAAGAAUCUGAACAAAACCAAGGCACUUCAGUUUAGCAGGCUAACCAAGGUAAAUGUGAACAGGUUGUGUAUGCAAGGAAAAAGAUUUAAAGUGUUUUUGCAGCAGCUGGAAUCUCCUUCACUCACUCUCUCUCGCUCAAAGCCACUGAUUCGGAUCCUUGGUAUGAAAUAACACGCGGUCCCUGUUUUUUGAAGCGCACAGUCAGAUCAUGGCCGUCAGAGACGUUCAGCUGGAAGAGUGAUCUCACUGUUGAUGUGAUGGGGGAAAUAUGAUAACAGCAGAAUCUGCUUUUAGAUACAGCCAGCAUCUUCAAAGGGGAAAAAAACUUCUCAUGAUGAUGAUUAAUGAGCAAAUGCAGACAUUCUGAAGAAAUAUGGUUGAGGGUGUGUGUGUGUGUUCAUCUCUAUGGCUUGAUCCUUGAUCAACACAGACUCCCACUACAAUACUGAGUGCAAAACUCCCUAAUAGAUGUGAGCAAUUUUAAAUGAUUCUCUGUAUGGCCAAAAGCGCCCCUGAACUUCAUAGAUAAAGCCCUAUAAGUGGCGCGUCCAGCAUUCAAGAGGUCAGUUAAAGGAUUUUUUUUUUUUGCUGUUUCACCUUAAUAUUUUUAUGUACUUUAUUUUCUAUUUUAUUUUUUAAAUAAAACUCUUAAAACUG